AUCUCGCCAUCUCUCAUGAAUUAGGGUUAGGAGUUCUACUGUCGCCAUCUCUCAUCAAUAGGGUUCUACUCGUCGCUUAGAGAAGGGUUAGGGGUUCUACUCAGUUUGAUUAGGGUUCCAUUUGUGGGAAGAAGAAGGAGGAAAAGAGGGUUUCAAUCUGCUAAGAUUAGGGUCCCAUUUGUGGAUUCGGGGAUUUUUGGGCUACUUGAUUUGGGGGUUUCUCGGCUACUCGAACUGUUCGGAAUUGGAAGAAGCUAUUGUGGGUAUAUUGAUUCCAAGCUAUUGGGUUAAAGGCAUUCUUCUUCAGCAAAACAUUCAGGCCAUUGUUGCUAUCGUUUUGUUCACGGUACAAAUCUCUAUAUGUCUAGUUUAAAUCUGGAGAGUUGUGCUUGAAAUCACUAAAAGGAUGAUUGUUGGUGAAUUUUUCUUUCUUGCUACCAGUUUUCUGAAAAUUUCUGAAACUUGCAGAUGGGAGACUCAGUGCAAGAGUGAAGUAUGACUUGAGUGACGAUUUCAAUUUGCUCAGCUUACAAAUGAGCCACAUAUGUCUCAUGGCAUUGUCAAUGUUGAUUACAAGUUAACGUAGCUGGGAUGUGCAUACUGAUACCUAUGGUCAAGCUGCGUCAAAUUUAGUUGCUGGAACUAAUCUUGAGCAGACUAUUCAACAGAUAAUGGAUAUGGGUGGUGGAAAUUGGGACAGAGAAACAGUUACACGUGCACUUCGAGCGGCUUUUAACAACCGAGAGCGAGCAGUGGACUACUUGUACUCUAGUAUUCCAGAAACAGCGAAAGUUGCAGUGCCUGUGGCUCAUUUCCCUGCAAGUCAGGCAACCGAAACAGGCAUAGCCAAUGCUCCACCUAUCUCCGGAGCACCUAAUUCAGGUCCCCUGAAUAUGUUUCCGCAGGAAGCACUGUCCGGUGCUGGUGCUGGUGCACUUGGAUCCCUCGACUUCCUUAGAAACAAUCAUCAGUUCCAAACAUUGCGCUCAAUGUUACAAGCCAACCCACAAAUUUUACAGCCCAUGCUGCAGGAACUUGGAAAGCAAAACCCACAGCUUUUAAGAUUAAUUCAGGAGCACCAUACCGAGUUCCUUUAGUUAAUAAAUGAACCUCUUGAGGGUUCUGAAGGGUGAGCAUUUAUACAUGCGAAUUUCUUAAACCAUAGUCAUCAAAAUGCCUAAUUAAUCCUCAAAAAGCUUAGCAGACCUGAAAAAGAAAAUGUGUAUUUGGUUUGCUAUAUUGACUUCAGUUACCACUGUUUUUAAGG